GCAAAAUGGAAAGACCAAAAAUAGCAGAAAGCCCCUUAGAACUGCUAGACACCCCCGGAAUCGAGCCGGGCUUAAUUAAUCAAUAUUUCGGUCCAGUAGCUUUUGGAACUCUAGGUUUGACGACUUCGGUUUUGGCACAUUGGGUUACCAAAAGACCCAUUUGGAGCGGUCUGCAAAUCCAUGUCGCCUCCACCGCUCUCGGCGCCUAUAUCGGACAUUACAUGGAGAAAAGGAGGAACGCAAAAAUGGCAGUCCGAGACGCUAUAUUCCGUGAUUAUAUUCGGCUGCACCCCGAUGAAUUUCCACCUUACGAAAGAAAACAAUAUAAGGAUAUAUUUGAAAAAUGGAUACCGAUCCGUUAGGAGGCGAAUAUUGUUGUUAAAUAAUUGAUUAAGAAUAAAUAGUUUGUUUAGAUGACUUUAUCUUAAACUCACCUACUUAUUCUUAGUAAAUGUCUUCUUGACUUAUGUUGUCUUGAUCAUUG